UUAACUUUUUUCAAAAUUUCCAUAAUCAAAAAUUUAUAGACUUUGAAAUUUAGUUAACAAUAUGAAAUCAAUUUGUGUACUCGGAUUCUGUUUUUGUGUUCUCUACACAAUAGCAACAACAAGAGUGUUGGCUGCUGAUCUACGUUUCACAAAUUUACAAUGUGACGCUUUUCAUCCGGAAUUUGCGAAAUUUCUAAAAUGUCGUUUAAAGGUGGUGAAACGUGGUGUGAUUUCGUUAAAUAUUGAUGUUGAACUUUAUCAAGUGCCGGUAAAUAAUAUAACGGUGAAUUUGUCACUCCACAAAAAAUCGACGACUUUUCGUCCAUUUCUCUAUAACGAGACAAUUGAUUUUUGUAAAUUUAUGGCAAGUAAGAAACAUGGCAGUCUUUCAAAGUUUUUCUUCAAUGCUUUGAAGAAACAGUCCAAUAUAAAUCAUUCCUGUCCCUAUGAGGAUAACAUAAUUGUGGAUAAUUUGAUUUUAUACGAGGACACUUUUAGAUAUUUUCCAUUACCUCAGGGUGAAUACAUGAUCCAGACGAAGGUUGCCGCCUAUAAUGAUUGGAAAGCCGAUGUUAAAACUUAUUUUUCGUUAAUAAAUAGUUUUGGAAAAUGAUGGGCAAGCAAGAUAAAUUUAUAUGAAAUAGUGUAAUAUCAACUGCA